CACUACCCAUAACUCUCACUGGCGCAUGCGCACUACGCUCCGCGGCCCUGAAGGCGUUGCUGCUCGCUUCUGCUGUCCGUUCGAAAGAUGCGUCGCUCCCCGGCAGCAUCAGUACCAGCUCCGCUGUACUAAUUCCCGAAAAACGGGGGGGACGAGACGAGGGACUGCCGGUGCCGUUUGCGGGAGGUCGUCGGAGUACGGGCCGGUGAGAUGGGAGACCAGAAGGAGUCUCUUCGUAAGAUCACCCACACCCUGGCCACCAAGAAUGAGGAGAUUUCCAAUUUCAUCUGCAGCCUCAAACAGAGCCUGGACAACCUGGAGGCCAACUCCACCAGAGUCCAGGAGGACCUGGAGUCCGAGUUCAACACCCUCCACUCAGCUCUGGAUGGGAUGAAGGAGAACAUGUUGACACGCAUUAAGCAGGAGCGAGCCAGCCGGACCUACGAACUACAGAGUCAGCUAAGCGCGUGUUCCAAAGCGCUGGAAAGUUCGGAGGAGCUGCUGGAGCUGGCCAAUCAGACGCUUUGUUCCUCCCAGACAGAUGGUUUCACACAGGCAGCCAAAGACAUAAAGGAUAGUGUGACGAUGGCUCCGGCCUUCCGCCUUUCGUUGAAGGCCAAGGCCAGCGACAACAUGAGCCACUUGAUGGUGGACUUCAGCCAGGAGAAGGACUUGCUGCAGGGCCUAAAGUUUCUCCCAGUUCCGUCCACACCAGAGAUCCAUGUGUCCGAGUGCCAGGUGUGUGACAACACGGUGACUGUCGUUUGGACCUUAGCAGAGCCUGACAGCAAAAUAGACCACUACAUCCUGGAACAUAGGCGUACAAACCAUGAGGGCCCGCCACGCAUUCGAGAGGACUACCCCUGGAUGGUGUUGGAGGGGAUAAAGGAGAUGGAACACACGCUGACAGGUCUGCGCUUUGACACUCGCUACAUGACGUUCAGGGUGAAGGCAUGUAACAAGGCCGUGGCGGGGGAUUUCUCUGAACCUGUUACUCUGGAAACCCACGCAUUCACUUUCAAAUUAGACUCCUCGUCGGCCCACCAGAACCUGAAAGUAGAGGACCUGAGUGUGGAUUGGGACGGCAGCGGAGGAAAGGUUCAGGACAUUCGCAAAGAAAAGGCCCGAACCGGCUCACCCAUGCAGUCACCAGCCAGGUCAGCGUUGAUGUCACCGAAGAGAGUACCAACAGCCCGGCCCAGCAGAGACCGCUUCACAGCAGAGUCCUACACAGUGCUCGCCGACACCGCCAUCGAUGCAGGCCAGCAGUACUGGGAGGUGCGCUUCGACAAGGAGAGCAAGGCCUUCGCGGUGGGCGUUGCUUUGCGCAGCCUCGGACGCUUUGAUCAGCUGGGAAAGAGCGCUGCCUCCUGGUGCAUUCACCUGAACAACUGGCUACAGCAGAGUCUCACUGCCAAGCACAACAACAAGGCCCGAACGCUUGACUGCGCCAUCCCGAGCAGUAUAGGAGUCUUCUGUAACUAUGACGAAGGCGUGCUCUCUUUCUUCAACGCCAAAACCAAGCAGUUGAUGCACACCUUUAGGACCAAGUUCCAGCAUCCAGUCAUCCCGGCGUUCAUGGUGUGGAACGGCAGCUUCUCGGUUGUGACAGGCCUGCAGGUCCCCAGCAUGGUCCAAAGCGGCCAGAGGAGGAACAGCGGCACCAGCAGCUCCAACGCCAGCCUCACUUAGAGACCCAGCACUUCCCAUCGUUCGGCCCUGCACAGCCAGCUCGGCAGCCUCACCUUGCGGUCGACAGCGCAACAGUUAGUGGCUCAUGAGAUACUGUGCGCUCCUCACACGCAAGGGGGUUGGUUCCUUCAGUCUUCUUGCAUGUCAAGCUCAGUCCUACGAAUUAGCGCUGGCCGCUUCUCUUCUUGAAUCCCUUCCCCCUUCCUUUACUGCGGUCAUAUCUUCUCUCUCCCUGUGCCUUUCUUCUCAUUUCCACAUCACUGCUGCGAGAGAGACACCUCCCCAUUUCACUUAAAUGUUAGUGUCUAAUGUGUCUUCAUGUAGCUUAUUGAUCAUUAUGCGCCUCUAUGGCUAUUUACCCAAAUGAAAAACUCUGUUCACUACCCAAUUCAAUGUUGCUUGUUUAUUGGCAUCCAUAGGGCCUUCCUGUUGCUGCAUUACAGGUUGCCAAUCAACUUUAAACAAAGACUACUUAUUUUGAAUGGUGCAUGACACGAAUGGCUGAAGUCAAAGAGUAGAUGUGCUCUUUUCAGAGCUCUGCCGCUUCCACCUUUUUUUUUUUUACAUGGAUCUGUUCAUCCUGGUGUUGGAAGUCUGAGCCGAGAUGUGCUGGGUGGCUAACUAACUAGCCUUGCUACUAAUCAGUAAACAACUUCUGAUUUCUAGUCGAA